UACAAGAAAACUAUAUUACAUCAUUUCAGAAAUAUUGUUUUGUUUUGUGUGUCAUCAAGAUAUUUGUGCAUGUUGUUAAAAGUUAUUCUAAACUGGAAUGAAUUCAGGAUAUGCAUUCUCUAGGCAGUAGGCCGCUAAUAGCGGUUUCUCUGGCGAUACCGUCAAUUAUUCUCAUCGGAUAUCUCUGGCAGAAGCGAAGGGCCGAGGAAGCGGAGGCAAAUAAAUCAGAUUUAAGUCAAUAUCUUGGAGCUAUCGACUCAAGGGAAGUAUCAUUGAAGCUCGAGAAUUUAAACAGAUCAAGGUUGGAUUGUAUCGAAGAGGAGAGGACCGAGGUUCAGGAGGAUAAGAUAGUUAAUUUUCUGGAAAUUGCAGAGCAAGCUACCUGUACAGUUGCUGAGAACUCGUCUGUUCUAACUGAAACCACUGCGACGGUUGAGGUGUUAGAAAGCGCCCCCGAGUCUUUAGAAUCCAAACCGGAGGUUAUUACAGUCGAAACCGUGUCCGUGGAAUCACUGGAGAAUCCCCCCACUAUGACCGUCAAGAAAGUUAUUGAGGAUAUAGAGGUUGAGAAGAAGGUAGAAGUCCCUGACGUUUUCUCUGCUUUAAAGGAUCCUAUCUGUGAAUUAUCAACAUCUCCGGUUAAAUCCGAGUCCCUCGACAGCCAGAGAUCUUGUGAAUCCUGGAGCGAUCUUAUCGAGCAGGACGAACUGGAGAAGAGUUUAUGUGAGAAACUGGAUUUAAGUGAGAAUACUAGACACGACUCCGGGGUCGCGUCUCCUACAGACGAUUUGUCGGAGUCUGGACGGAAAGCAAGAGAUGAUAAAUCAAGGAUGAGUUCAGGAGAAGAUGCAGGAAUUGGAGGUUCGGAAACAGGAGAUGUGAGCGAUUCAGGACAGGGCAGUGAAUUGUGUUUUGAAGAUACACAAUGUUUAGCAUAUCAUUUCUAUGUUCAAGACUAUCUCUGUGGUGCCUUUAUUGGAUCCAAUGGUUCCAACAUUAAGAAAAUGAAGUCUGAGUGUCAAUGUAACAUAAUACUUAAAGACGAACACACAUCUUCCAAGCAGAAAAGCGAUCAGGUUCGUGGUCGAGGAAGGGAUCGGAGGUACGCUGAAGUAAAAAUGAAUCUAUGCAUCAUAGAGGGAACAAGAACCAAUAUCGACAAAUGCCUCGAAAUGAUUAAAAAGAAGUUUGAUCAGAAUCCUGAGCUAACACUUGAACAAAUCAACAAACCUCUAAAAAGCAACCUCUCCCAGUGUAAUGGUUCAUUAACUCUAUCUGAGGGAAUAAUGCACGAUGUUUACGUCUCCGCAGUUGUUAAUGGAGGUCACGUGUUCAUUCAGCAGCCAACUCAUCCUACCUUCCCUGCACUAGAGAGAUUAGACUCCUGUAUGUUUAACACCUAUACACAGUUGUCUACACCGGAAAUGUCGAAACCUAUUCCUAUAAAUAGUUUGUGUGUUGUUAACAGUAGCGAGGGAUGGUAUAGAUGCGAGGUAUUGGGUUACGAUGAGAUUGAUGACGUAUGUGAUAUUAAAUAUCUGGACUAUGGAGGCUAUGAUAUUGUUUCUACAGACCAACUUAGACAAAUCAGAUCAGAUUUCCAGUUUCUACCUUUCCAGGCUAUUGAAUGUUACCUUGCCAAUCUCGUACCUACAGAAGAAGACACCGUUUCCGCUGCUAUCCUUGAAGAACUAGUCUCAAACCAGAUGGUUCAAGCAAGGAUGAUUGGUUUGAACGAGGACGGCGUUCCAAUGAUUCACCUCUACAGAUCAGUUAACGGUCAAACAGUCAUGGUCAAUCGAGAGCUUGUAGACAGGAAUUGUGCUGAUUGGAUUGAAGCCACCAUAGUUCCUCUUAUUCCUGUUGCAGAUCACUAGAACACUUCAGGUGAUUUCAGUCCGUCCUCUGGUUCCUGGUGGUAAAUAGAUAGAACUCCCUCCUACCUAGUAGCCUGUUAGGGAACCUUGAGAUUCAUCCUACAAUCAUCAUUAACUGGGAGUAGGGUUCGAAGCUGUUCUUUUACUCCGGGUGGUUAAACCCAGUGGUCUCAUAGUGAAAUUAAUGUUUGAAAUAACCUUAAGUGCUCAAGUUCUACAUCAACUUAAAUUGAAUUAUUUUUUAAUAUUUAAAUUUAGUAUGCCAUAUUGUAUGCUCAGGUGUAAAUUAAAAAUUUAUUUGUUAGUUU